AUGGCCAAACUAAAUGAUGCAGAGACUCUGUCACCACCACCAUCAUCAUCAUCAGUAGAUAUGACUCUUAGCCCGCGUGUAGAAUCCUUAGAACCUUCCAAGACUAUGGUUAUAUCCGAUCUUGCCGCCACUCUUGUUCAAUCCGGUGUCCCGGUUAUUAGACUAGCUGCUGGAGAACCUGAUUUUGAUACACCUAAAACCAUAGCUGAGGCCGGGAUGAAUGCGAUUCGAGAUGGUUUCACUAGGUAUACACUAAAUGCAGGUAUUACAGAACUCAGAGAAGCAAUAUGUAACAAGUUAAAAGAGGAAAAUGGAUUGUCUUAUGCACCGGAUCAGAUAUUGGUUAGCAAUGGAGCUAAACAAAGUCUCUUACAAGCAAUUCUUGCAGUUUGUUCGCCUGGCGAUGAAGUUAUAAUUCCAGCACCGUAUUGGGUGAGUUACACAGAACAGGCGAAACUGGCGGAUGCAACACCUGUGAUCAUUCCUACAAAGAUCUCUGAUAACUUCUUGUUGGAUCCAAAGGAUCUUGAGUCUAAACUGACUGAAAAAUCUAGACUUCUUAUCCUCUGUUCUCCAUCAAACCCUACUGGUUCUGUUUACCCCAAAAAUUUGCUUGAAGAGAUUGCACGGAUCGUGGCUAAGCAUCCAAGGCUCCUGGUGCUAUCUGAUGAAAUAUAUGAACACAUCAUCUAUGCACCAGCAACACACACAAGCUUUGCUUCUUUGCCAAACAUGUAUGAAAGAACUUUGACAAUAAACGGUUUCUCAAAGGCUUUUGCAAUGACUGGUUGGAGACUUGGAUAUCUUGCUGGUCCUAAACAUUUUGUGGCAGCUUGUAGUAAAUUACAAGGCCAGUUGACUUCAGGAGCAAGUAGCAUUGCUCAGAAAGCAGGUGUUGCUGCCCUUGGAUUAGGAAAAGCCGGAGGAGAAACUGUUGCAGAGAUGGUUAAGGCAUACAGAGAAAGACGAGAUUUUUUGGUUAAAAGCCUUGGUGCAAUCCAAGGCGUCAAGAUCUCUGAACCUCAGGGAGCUUUCUAUCUCUUUAUUGACUUCAGCGCUUACUAUGGAUCAGAAGCUGAAGGUUUUGGUUUGAUCAGUGACUCCUCGUCUCUUGCAUUAUAUUUUCUUGAAAAGUUUCAGGUUGCAAUGGUUCCUGGUGAUGCUUUUGGGGACGAUACCUGUAUUCGGAUAUCUUACGCCACGUCACUCGACGUUCUUCGAGUCGCAGUUGAGAAGAUCACGAAUGCCCUUGAGCCACUCCGUGCCACUUUUCCGAUUGUGUCAAAGGGCAGUGUGAACAAGACUGCUGUGGAGAAGCUCAGAGCAAGUCCUGCUCUCCGCUUCAGGCGUCUUGAUGGGAUGGACAGAGAUGCUUGUUAUGUUGCUUUGAUGGCAAUGAUCAGAGAUUGGAGGAAUUUGAACCCAGCUCCAACCAAUGUUGUCAUCGCUUCUGGACACCACUGCUACAAGGGGACAUUGGAGCUGUUGAACCAGCUGGGAUACAACACAAUGGUGGCUGCCCGACCAGAGAGCCGCUCAGGAGACUUGGAGAUUGCCAUGCAUCAGUGGGACUUUGCAGAUCCUACUGGAGGAGUCUAG